AUGGUCUUUACUGAGCCCAUCGAGCCUCUCCCUUGCCCGGCCUUCACCAACAGAACCCCAGAAAGCACACUCAAAGACGAAGAAUGGAAACACCGCUCACCAUACACAAUGCAGACCGAGGCCGAGUUUGGCCCCAUCAAAUGGCGAGGUCAAUGCCUGUGUGGCAAAGUAGCCUAUAUCAUCAAGCGAGAGAAGCCUCUCAAUGCCAAAUACUGUCACUGCCGCGGAUGUCAGGUUGCUCACGGUGCGCCUCUGCAGUGGGCGGUGAUCUUUCACAAGAAUGAAAUGUCAUUCGUCAAUGGUUCCAGCCAUCUGGUGUUUUAUUCCUCAACUCAUAAGUCCCAGGACUACGGCCUACCCACCAAGGUGUCCUGUAAGAAUUGCCGCACGCCAAUCAUGGACGAGGGUCGGAAUGUCUGCUUGCUCUUCCCACAGUCGAUUCAAGUCGACGGAUCUAACGAGGAGCGCAGAGUGAAGAUAGAGACGCUGAAGCCAACAUGCCAUAUCUUCUAUGAAGCGCGCAUGACUGAUAUCCCAGACGGACUCCCGAAAUGGAGCGGGAUGGAUAAUGACAGUGAUCAAUUGGAUGAUCAGGGCAACAAGAUCGAGAGUACUUCACAGUAA